AUGAAUACACUAGAGAUACAAGAAUGUCUCCAUAAGAUUCGCCCAUCUUUAAAACAUAAUGUAUAUGCACCAAUAAGUUACCUAUUCAUACAGAAGCGUCUUGUGUUUUUAGUAAGCAAUUUGGAUGUUGAUCCACAACCAGCGUCCCACUGGGUAGCCAUACACAUCGAUAAUAAUAAAGUUGGACAGUACUUUCAUCAAAGGUGGACAUGGAGAUCUUCCGAUGGAAAUACAAAAAAUGAACUAGACUAUAUUCUUACCAACAUAAAUAAAAACGUUCAAAAUGUAGAAGUACUAAAUAUUCCAUAUCCGUCAGAUCAUAGAUGCCGCAAAGAGAAUCUGCCCGCCAUCCAACCUGAAGAAGAAAUUUCAGAAUACAUAAAUUAUAAAUUCCUAGUUCCAUCAACGUCAGCAAAUAGUUUAAUUACUAAGAAAACAGGAGUUUUACUUGAAGAAACUAAACCAUGUAAUGCAAAAAAGAAGAUACAAUAUAAAAGUGACGACAGUAGCGAACAAGAUGACAAUUAUUCCUUGAGACAUACUUCUGAAGAUGAAUGCUUUAUACCAUCUGAAUCAGAAUCUAAUGAAGAUAACGAAGAGUCUGUG